CAGGCCGAACGGGCGGGCGGGCCGCGGCGGGGAGUGGCUGCCGGACGGACCAGACCGCGAGGCCGCUGGGCGGCGGUGGGCUCCUGCUGCCCCUGUGCCGAGACCCCGCUCACCUGGCCAGGCCCCUGGCCCCAACAUGGCCCGUCGCUCCCAGAGCAGCUCACAGGGGGACAACCCAUUGGCACCUGGGUACCUGCCACCUCACUACAAAGAAUACUACCGACUGGCCGUGGAUGCACUGACUGAGGGUGGGACAGAAGCCUACAAUCGCUUCUUGGCGUCUGAGGGGGCACCUGAUUUCCUGUGCCCUGAGGAAGUGGAAUAUGUGAGCCGCCACCUGCAGCCCCCACAAUAUGUGGCCCGGGAAGCUCCUGAAGGCAGCCCUCCUGAUGUGGACAUGGAUGGUUCCUCAGGCACCUACUGGCCAGUGAAUUCAGACCUGGCUGUGCCUGAGCUGGACCUGGGCUGGCCCCUGACCUUUGGCUUCCAAGGCACAGAGGUCACCACACUGGUUCAGCCACCACCACCUGACAGCCCCAGCAUCAAAGAUGAAGCUCGGAGGAUGAUCCGCUCUGCCCAGCAGGUGGUAGCAGUGGUGAUGGACAUGUUCACUGACGUGGAUCUGCUCAGUGAAGUCCUAGAGGCUGCUGCAAGGCGAGUCCCAGUCUACAUUCUGCUGGAUGAAAUGAACGCUCAGCACUUCCUAGACAUGGCCGACAAGUGUCGUGUCAACCUGCACCACAUGGAUUUUCUGCGUGUGCGCACAGUGGCAGGGCCUACCUAUUACUGCCGCACUGGGAAGUCGUUCAAGGGCCAUCUGAAGGAGAAGUUCUUGCUGGUGGACUGUGCUGUAGUGAUGAGCGGCAGUUACAGCUUCAUGUGGUCCUUCGAGAAAAUCCACCGCAGCCUGGCUCAUGUGUUCCAGGGAGAGCUGGUCUCCAGCUUCGAUGAGGAGUUCCGCAUCCUCUUCGCGCAGUCAGAGCCACUGGUGCCCUCAGCUGGGAUGCUAGCCCGCAUGGAUGCCUAUGCACUAGCUCCAUACUCUGGGGCUGGGCCUCUGGUGGGCGUUCCCGGGGUUGGACAACCAACACCUUUUUCGUUCCAUAAACGGGCGCACCUCCUAUUCCCUCCGCCCCGGGAAGAAGGCCUGGGCUUCCCCUCUUUCCUAGACCCUGACCGUCACUUCCUAUCGGCCUUCCGCCGUGAGGAGCUGCAGCGUAUGCCUGGGGGUGCAUUGGAGCCCCACGCAGGGCACCGUUCACUGGCGCGUCCCACUGAGGCUGGACCUAUCGGAGAGCUAGCAGGCUCCCGGGGCUUCUUCCAGGCACGGCACUUGGAGAUGGACGCCUUCAAGCGGCACAGCUACACAGCAGCCGAUGGAGCUGGAGCCAUGGAGAACUUUGCGGCUGCACGGCAGGUGUCACGACAGACAUUCCUCAGCCAUGGUGAUGACUUCCGUUUCCAGACCAGCCACUUCCAACGUGACCAACUCUACCAGCAGCAUUACCAGUGGGAUCCACAGUUUGCACCCACGCGCCCGCAGGGCCUCUUCGAGAAGAUUCGUGCAGGCCGCCCUGGCUUUGCGGACCCUGAUGACUUUGCACUAGGUGCUGGGCCCCGCUUCCCAGAACUCGGUGCUGAUAUGCACCAACGGCUAGAAUAUGUUCCAUCCAGCGCUUCUCGAGAGGUACGCCAUGGUUCGGAUCCUGCCUUAGGAACUGGCCCUCGUGGUGUGGAACCUAAUGGGGCCCCACGUCCCAACCUGGGUCAGCGCUUUCCAUGUCAAGUAUCAACAAGGCAAGGCCUGGACACAACUCCGGAGGUGGAGCCUGAGCGCAGGGGUGGACCCGAGGGACGGGCAGGGCUACGUCAAUGGCGCGUUGCUUCCUACCUGAGCGGCUGCCAUGGUGAUGAUGGAGAGGAGGGUCUGCCUAUGGAGGCUGAGGCCUAUGAAGAUGAAGUGCUGGCUCCUGGAGGCCGAGACCUGCUCCCCUCCGCCUUCCGCACUCCUGCACCAUUCCCAGCCAAGGGACCAAAGCCAGGCUCAGGAAGUGGUGGUGGCGACAACUCCGAGCGAGAGGGCCCAGAUGAAACAAGUCUGGUUAAGCAGGAUUCCUUCCGUUCACGCUUGAAUCCACUCAUCCAGCGCAGCUCCAGAUUGCGCUCAUCCCUCAUCUUCGCCUCACAGGCCGAGGGUACUGGUGGGACCGCAGCCACCACAGAGAAAGUACAGCUGCUGCACAAAGAGCAGACAGUCAGUGAAACUGUGGGUCCCAGUGGAGAGGCUGUUCGUUCCAGCGCCUCGGCGAAAGUGGCGGAGCUACUGGAGAAAUACAAGGGUCCUGCCCGGGACCCUGGUGGUGCAGGUGGUCCCAUCACUGCCUCCAGCCACAGCAAGGCUGUAGUGGCCCAGUCCUGGCGGGAGGAGGUGGUAGCACCAGGAGGAGUGGGAACUGAGCGCCGCAGCCUUGAGAGUUGCUUGCUUGAUUUGCGGGACUCCUUCGCACAGCAAUUACAUCAGGAGGCAGAGCGACACCCAGGAGCAGCUUCACUGACCGCUGCGCAGCUGCUCGACACGCUGGGCAGCACAGAACGUCUGCCUUCACGCUUGCUCUCCACCCAGGGUCGCUCCUUGUCUCCACAAGGGCGAGAUAGCCCUCCACUUGAAGGGCCCGGAACGCACCAGCUGCCUUAUUCUGAGCCAAAAGGGAGCCCCACUCCAGCUCACCCUGAGCGCAAGGGGAGCCCUACAUCUGGAUUCCCCACUCGGAGGGGCAGCCCAACCACAGGAUUGAUUGAGCAGAAGGGAAGUCCCACUUCGCCCUACCCAGACCGCAGGGGCAGCCCGGUGCCCCUACCUGAGCGCAGGACCAGUCCAGUGCCCCCAGUGCCUGAACGCAGAGGCAGUCCGGUGCCUCCUGUCCCUGAGCGUAGAGGCAGUCUCACCUUCGCUGGGGAGACUUCGAAGACAGGGCCCACGGAAGAGGUGGCUGGUGGUCCCAUGGAAGUCCUGCGAAAGGGCUCCCUCCGCCUUAGGCAGUUGCUGAGCCCCAAGGGCGAACGAAGAGGGGAGGAUGAGGGCAGCUUCCCAGCUCCACAGGAAAAUGGGCAGCCUGAGAGUCCCCGGAGGCCCUCACUGGGUCGGGGUGACAGCACAGAGGCUGCUGCAGAAGAGAGAAGCUCAAAGGUACGCUUAGCUUCAGCUACUGCCAAUGCCUUAUACAGCAGCAACCUGCGAGAUGACACGAAGGCCAUUCUGGAGCAAAUCAGUGCCCAUGGCCAGAAGCACCGCGGAGUCCCUGCUCCAGGCCCAGCUCACAGCAGUCCUGAGCUAGGUCGCCCAACAACUGCAGGAGACUUGACUCCAGACAUGUCCGACAAGGACAAGUGUUCAGCCAUCUUCCGCUCAGACAGCAUUGGGACACAAGGCCGGCUCAGCCGCACCCUGCCGGCCAGCGCAGAGGAGCGUGACAGGCUCCUGCGCCGCAUGGAGAGCAUGCGCAAAGAAAAACGUGUCUACAGUCGCUUCGAGGUCUUCUGCAAAAAGGAGGAAGCUGGCAGUACUGGGGCAGGAGACAACCUAGCAGAUGAGGACACCAGAGACAGUAAAAUGGGCAAGUUUGUUCCCAAGAUUCUGGGUACAUUCAAAAGCAAAAAAUGAGUCUUCUGGUCUCAGAGGCCAGGACUCUGCAUCACUGCCAUACAGGCUCAUAGCACCCAUCUGGUCCCGAUGGACUGGUGGCUGCCAGACUGGUGUCAAAGCCAUUUGGGGCCUGGCUGUCAACCGCCUGAACGGAGCUGCACUUGAAUUCACCUGAUAGCUGCACUGCCUCUUACUCUUGGCUUCUCCACGCUAGGAGCUCAGCCCCUCUGCUCAGUGCUUCUUCCUCCUCACUUCCCUCACCUCAGCCUCCACCAUCUCCUGGACUCAGGUCCACUUUGGGUUCACCUCAGGGAUCCAUAUCUCUGCCUUAUUCGCCAAUUUUUCAUGGACUCAUCACUUUAUGCCUCUGUUGCCUCUUAGGGCCUUUUAUCUCAGGGCUUUAUCUCAGGGUGUGCAUCUCACUCACAGCCUCCGUCUGCAGCCUCCUCCCUUCCCCUCCUCACCUCUCUCUCUCUCUCUCUCUCUCUCUCUCUCUCUCUCUCUCUCUCUCUCUCUCUCUGGAACUCCUUGCUUCCACUCUGUCUCCUCACUGCCUCCUACCUAGCACUUUUUUGACUCUGUCCUCCUGCUGUGGGGAAGGCAUGGAUGCUGGACAGGGUGGGCCACUGGGAAGUAGCUGCCAAGUAUCUACUGGGGCCGCCUUAAGUCACAUCUGCCUUCUCCAGCAAGUCUCUGGGUAGCACUUGAAGAGAAGCCAGAAGUGGGGAGCACUGGACUUUGCAGUACAAUAAAGCAGUCUGGACAGACUUUCUGUGA